AGUCUGCGUCCUACCAGAGGACCUACAUCAGGUACGUGCUAUUGUGAGAAACAGCACUGAUGAAGAAUAUGACAUUGUGACAUUACCCAGAGGAAAUGGUGAACCUUUACCAGAAACCAGCCUGGACAGUGAGUCUGAGAUGGAAGACUGGGAUACACAGAUGGAUGGAGCAGAAGAACGAUGGCCUAAAAGAGCUGCAUUCAAAAUGUCAAGCAUGUAUGCUGUUGUAACCUUGCGAGAUUCAGAUGAGGUGAUGGUGGCAGCAUCAAACUGGCUGAACACAGACAAGACACAAUGUCACUGGCCCCCAUUCAGAUCAGCAGAGAAGUACAUGCAAGCUGUGAAAGACAGAACUGAGCCUUCAACAGCAGGAAAACCAUGGGACAUGUUAAACAUUCUCUUACAUGCAGAAUACGACACCUAUCAGGAGGCUACAACGAAAAAAGAGGAACUUGUAAGAGCACAGAAAGAUGGUUUGUAUGCAGUCAUUACCCUGCAAGAAUCAAGUGAGCUGACUGUGAUACCAACAAACUGGCUGAAUGAACACAAGACACAAUGUUACUGGCCUCCAUUCAAGGCACCUAAGACAUGCACAGAAGCUGUAAAGAACAGACUUGAACCUGCUAGAGGAGAAAAUCCAUGGGAGAUGCUGAACAUCAUAUUUCAUGAACAACAUGCCACUUUUGAACAGGCUAAAGAGAGGGAAGAAGCACUCAGACAGCAGACUGAACCACCCUCUACAUCUUUUGGAUGUCUUGAAAGACAAAACUCUCCACUGCGGUCAGGAAUAUCCACUGGUGGCUUUUCCUCCCAAACCACAGUCAUUAGUCAUGGUAUUAAAAGAAAACGUGAAGAGUCUCCAGAUAUCACUGCACGGCCACUGAUGACUACAGAUAUGGAGAUAAGAAACAAAGCAAAGCAGGUCAUUGAAAGAGUUAUGGCCCAAAUUCAGACCACAACAAAUGCAUUAAAACCUGACAUUGUUUCUGAAGCAUUCCUGGAUCCAGAAAAUCCAGUUCUGGAAGCUACAGAAACCGAGAUUCCAAAACUGAGGGAUGUUCUGAAGAAUCUUAAUAAGAACAUCAACAGAAAACUGACCAGAGAUUAUGUCAAUGAAGCAAAAGGGGUUUUGUCUUUGAUCCAAGGUGUCCAACUGGAUGCAGAUGAAAAUAUGACAAAAGCCAAAGUCCACAGCGAUCUGGAGAUAAACCUACAUAGGGCACUGAAAGAGUUGAAAUGUCAGUUUGACUCGUGCUAUAAGACUCUGGAAGACUGUCUCUCAGCUGGAGUUGAAGAAUCAGUGAGAUCAUGUGUGAAGACCACACAAGACAUGAUCGAAUCUGCUCGACCAAAAGAUAACAGAGGUUUUCAUAAAAUUUAUCGAGCAAUGUGUGAGAGAAAAGGAUAUUACUGGCCAAAAGCCUGGGACGCACCUUUAGAGUUAAACACGUGUUUGAGCAAACACAUGUAUGACAACCUCGAUGAGGAGUUUGAAUUAAUAUUUCCGUAA